GGCUGAAAUCGUGCAACCAUAAGGAGCAGGGAGGCGGUCUGUGUAAUGACAGUGCAUCUCCUCCGGCAAUGUUGAAAAACAGCACUCGCUGCAAAAAGGCGAGUAUCUGAGAGCACGGAGUUGGUGUAAGAGACUGACACGGUCAGAUCCCAAACGGAGGGGGAGGUAGACGGAAGAUCCUUGGUGGGCAAGGAUGGGAUUCGGAAGCAUGGGCCCAGAACACCAAGCGCUAGAGACACAGAUGGGCAGCAAUUCUGCCACCACGGACCUUAACCUGCAGGUGUGCCACGCUGAAGAUGUCUUGCAAAAUCUGAACACUUUUCGGAAAAGCAGACUGUUUACUGAUGUUGUACUUCGUAUUGACGGUCAAGAGUUCCAUUGCCAUCGAGCCACUCUGUCUGCCAGCAGUACCUACUUCAGGACAAUGUUCAGCACUGAUUUCCAGGAGAGCAAACGGGACACUGUCGACAUCAAAGGGAUCUCAGCUGAUACCAUGGAUUGUGUGAUAGAUUAUAUGUACGGAGGAAGGGGGAACAUCCGAGAGGGCAACGUUCAGAGUCUGCUGGAAGCCUCUGACCUCUUCCAGGUGUCUGUGCUCCGACAAGGCUGUGUGGAGUUCUUGGAGAAGCAGCUGGACCCUUGCAACUGCCUUGGCUUCUUGAACUUUGCCAACCUCUUUGCCAUCCAGGCACUGUCCGAGAAAAGCAAGCAGUUCCUGCUGGAGCACUUUCCAGAGGUGAUCCAGCAUGAGGAGUUUUUACAACUGCCCAAGGAAGUCCUGUGUGAUCAGCUGUCCAGUGACCUCCUCGCCAUUCCCAAGGAGGAGAUGGUCUUUGAAGCAGUGAUGCACUGGGUUCGCCAUGAGUUGCCCACCAGAAGACAUGCGCUGAAAGAGCUUUUGGAGCACGUUCGAAUUCCCUUACUGGAUCGGAUAUACUUUGUCGAGAAAGUAGAAACGGAUGAGCUGAUCCUGAGCUCGAAGGAGUGUUUACCUUUGCUGCAAGAGGCACGGAGGUAUCACAUAUUUGGUAACGAGAUAAUGUCCCCGAGGACAAGACCACGGAAAUUCGCGAAUGUUGCAGAGGUGAUCGUCAUACUGGGAGGCUGUGACCGGAAGGGUCACACAAUGCUGCCCUACACCGAACAGUACAAUCCUGGGACAGGCGAAUGGUCCCCUCUGGCCAAGAUCCCAGACUACUCCAAGUCAGAGUAUGCCGUGUGCACCUUCAAGAAUGACAUCUUUCUUUCAGGUGGGAACUUGUACAGUAAUGACGUGUGGAUGUAUAACUCUCAGCUCAACAUCUGGGUCAGAGUGGCAUCUUUAAAUAAAGGAAGAUGGAGACACAGGAUGGUGGCACUGCAAGGCAAGCUCUACGCUGUGGGUGGUUUCAAUGGUUUCAGCAGGAUGUCCAGUGUUGAAUGUUACGAUCCCAACUCGAACAGCUGGUCGUUCACUGCACCUCUGUUGGAACCUGUGAGUUCAGCAGCAGUUGUUGCCUGCUUAGGCAGGCUGUACGUGAUAGGAGGUGCACUCACCAACCAACUCAACUCCAGUAAGGUCCAGUGUUAUGACCCAGUGAAAGAUGACUGGACGUUUGCAACUUCAAGUCCAUUUGCUCAACGUUGCAUCAAUGCAGUCACCGUAAACGACAUGAUUUAUAUUAUGGGAGGUCUCAUGGAGAACAUGUACAAGUACGACCCAAUAGACAACUAUUGGACAGUGAUGGAUAAUACUCCAGGACCUCUGGAGAACUGCGGGCUGACGGUUUGCAAUGGAAUGGUUUACAUUCUCGGUGGCAAGGACAACAUGGCGGAAGGCACAGACAGAGUCUUCUGCAUCGACCCUGCCUCAGGCCAACUAACCCUCGUCUCCACCAUGCCAAGGUGUGCCAGUUACCAUGGGUGUGUCACCAUCCACCAGCGGGUGAGAAGACUUGUUCACAGUCUCAUAACAUGACUGAUAUUUCAUGUUGGACUUAAUAUCCUUGCACUUAUCAUUUAUUCUAAAACCUUCUGUUACAUACAGAGCUGCCCCCAACAUUUGGGUUGGUUUGUCAAAAAUGGAAAGAUUUUAAUGUAUGAGUGAAUAGCCUGUUGAACUAAUAUCUGUUAAACUACCAACCAAUCACUGACCAGUACAGAACCCAACUUCUCUGCUUUACCUCAUCACUGACUGUAUCUGACCCCCAACUCCUCCCCCUUCCCUAUUACUGACCAGUAAUGACCCCUAUGCCUCAUUCCUCUGCACCAUUACUGACCAGUAAUGACCCCCACACCUCCUUCCCCACCCCAUUACUGACUGGUACUGAGUCUAACACCUCCCCUUGUCCUAUCAUUGAUGGGCUGAUAGGUUGUGAAUUUUCCAAUGAUUAGACAGUGCUGCAUGUUUGGAAGGAGUCAGUGACCUUUACUCAGCACGAGGUGAGGUGAGAGUGACAGUCCUUAUCAUCAUGGAGCCUCAGCAAAACUAGACUCAGUGUGAAUCGGGGGGAAUAUUCUCCACUGGUUGGAGUCGUACCUGACAUGUAGGAAGAUGGUUGUGGUGCUUGGAAGUCAGUCUUUUCAGUUCCAGGACAACUCUGCAGGAGUUCCUCAGGGUGGUGUCUCAGGCCCAACCAUCAUCAAUAACCUUUCUUCCAUCAUAAGAUCAGGAGUGAGGAUGUUCACUGAUGAUUACACAAUGUUCAGCACCAUUUGCAAUUCCUCAGAUACUGAAGCAGUCCAUGAUCAAAUGCAACGAGACCUGAACAAUAUCCACACUUGCGCUGGCAAGUAGCAAGUAACAUUUGUGCCACUCAUAUAAUGACCACCUCAAAUAAGAGACAAUCAAAUCACCACCCAUGAUAUACAAUGGUAUUACCAUCACUGAUUCCCCCACUAUCAACAUCCUUGGGGUUACCAUUGACCAGAAACUGAGCUGAACUAGCCGUAUAAAUACUGUGACUAUAAGACGAGGUCAGGGACACGGAAUAUUGCGACAAGUAACUCACAUCCUGAUCCCCUCUAAGCUUGUCCACUAUUGACAAUACAUAACUCAGGUGUGUAAUGGAAUGCACCCCACUUGCUUGGAUGGGUGCACCUCAAGAAACUUGACACCAUUCAGGACAAAGCAGCUCACUUGAUUGGCACCAUAUCCACAAACGUCCACGCCUUCCAUCACCAGUGCUCAGUAGCAGCAGUGUGUACCAUCUACAAGAUGCCCUGCAGAAAUUCAUCCAGCCUCCUUAGACAAUACCUUCCAAACCCACAACCACUUCCAUCUAGAAGGACAAGGGCAGCAGAUACAUGGGAACACCACCAUCUACAGGUUCCUCUCCAAGCCACUUACCAUCUUGAUAUUAAGUACUUAUCCGUCAAGAAAGUUGUGAAUGCAUUGGAGAGAGUACAGAAAUGAUUUACAAGAAUCAUUGCAGGAAUGAGAAACUUCAGAAAUAAGGAGAGCUUGAAGAAGUUGGGACUGUUCUUCUUAGAGAGAAGGAAGUUAGAGGAGAUUUGUUGGAGUUAUUUAAAAUCAUGAGUGGGCUGGACAGAGUCGAUGGGGGAGAACAGAGGAACAAGAAAGAGAAGACAUGGAAUUGAAGUGAUGUGCAAAACAUCUUUCUCACUCAGUGAGUGCUUAAGGUUUGAAAUGCACUGCCUGGAAAUGUGGUGGAGGCCAGUUCAAUUGAAGCAUUCAAGAGGGGCAUUGGAUGAUUGUUUGGAUAGAAAUCGUGUGCAAGGAAUAUGGGGAAAAGGCAAGAGAUUGUCACUGGGCAGUUAUGCUCAUUUCUUGACAUAGACGGAAUGGACCAUAACAAUCCUUUGGUGCUGUAAUCCAAGCUACAGAUCAAAUGUCAACUGUGGUCCCUUGUACUCUCAUUUCUGCUGACAGACACCCUUUUCUAAAUUUAAAUUUACUCUUAGAUCCUGUUCUGAUUGUCUCACUUCCCUUUUUGACCCAGUCAGUGUUACAUCAUUUCCUGAGCAUCGUCUGUGGGUGCCUGAGGUCUCUGAGGUGACACUGUUGAGGGAAAGAAAUAUCUCAAUAUACCUCGGCUUGCCCAUGUUUCUAUUCUGAUUAAGUAAUUAACCCAAUUUGGAAGAUUCCUGCAUAUCCCCACAGGAUACUUGGUGCAUUGUGUGCAGCCUGUACUAGCCUAACCCAUAGGGGAGAAUGUAAUGCCCUCUGCUGUGGUGAGUUUGUCAGCGGUGCAUUGGAUUGAGGCAGGAUGUUGGGUGAGGACAACACUGUCUUCCUGUCUCUUUCCCCUUGGGUGGAAAGGAUGACUACCCACUGCACGGCCACUGAAGGAUCUUGCCUCCUGAAGACCUGAGCUCCACAAUUCCCUCCUUUAAACCUCUUUAUCUCUCUUUCCUCCUGUAAGACACUCUCCAAAAACCUACCUCUUUGAGCACACUCCCCAAUUUGAGAUUUUUCAUUCACUGAACCUUGGAACAGUUAUAGUGCUGAAGGAGGCUAUUUGGCUGGUAGAGCCUGCACUAACCAUUCGAACCAGCAUCAGUCAUGGGAAGUGAGCGUCACUGGUUGGACCAGCAUUAACAGUCGGUUCCUAGUUGCCCUCAAGAAUGUAGGGUUGAGCUGCCUUCCUGAAUCACGGCACUCCAUGUGCUGUAGGUUGACCCACACUGGCCUUAGGGAGGGAAUUCCAGGAUUUUGACCCAACGACAGUGAAGGAACAGUGAUAUAUUUCUAAGAUGUUGAAGGCCUUGGACUGUGGUGGACAAAAUUAAAAAUCACACAAUGCCAGGUUAUAGUCCAACAGGUUUAUUUGUAAGCACUAACUUUCAGAGCGCUGCUCCUUUAU